AUGGCUCAGCUAGCUAGAAUCGCCGGCCGCCGCAUGCUCUCCCAGACGAUGCCCUCCCACCACCGUGCCGCCCUCGCCUCCAUCCACACCACCGUCCCUUCUCUCGCGGCGUCCUCUGGCUCCGCCCCCACUCCUUACGCCUCCGCCCGUCCUCCGGCGACUUUAUCCCCGUCCGGCCUACCGAAGGCAGCGGAGUACGUGAUUUCUAAGGUCGAUGACCUCAUGAACUGGGCCCGACGCAGCUCAAUCUGGCCGAUGACUUUUGGGCUGGCCUGCUGCGCCGUGGAGAUGAUGCACACCGGGGCCGCGCGCUACGAUUUGGAUCGAUUUGGGAUAAUUUUCCGGCCUAGCCCUAGGCAGUCUGAUUGCAUGAUUGUUGCUGGAACUCUCACCAACAAGAUGGCACCUGCCCUCCGCAAAGUCUAUGACCAAAUGCCCGAGCCAAGGUGGGUGAUAUCCAUGGGAAGCUGUGCAAAUGGCGGUGGUUACUAUCACUACUCAUACUCGGUUGUUCGAGGUUGUGAUAGGAUUGUGCCAGUCGACAUUUAUGUUCCAGGUUGUCCGCCCACUGCUGAGGCCCUUCUCUAUGGGCUGCUCCAACUGCAGAAAAAGAUCAACAGGCGCAAGGAUUUCCUCCACUGGUGGACCAAGCACGUCAUCCUCGCCGCACGUAGUGGUGACCUAGGAGUCUUUGUUGCUGCACAAAGCGAUCGUCGCGGCGUCUUUGCUGCCGCCCAAGACGGCCGACGUGAUGUCCUCGUUACACGACGAUGUUGA